AUGUGGGGUCCCGGCACCCCCUCGUGGAUCAUCCGCUUCAUCUGUCAUAUUCCCACGGGGAUGAUGGGCAUAAAUUGCCUGGGUACCUACAGGCAAUCAACGGGCUUGGGUGACAUCUACGAUGUUAUUCCACAUGGCAGGGCCUUUUUACAGGGCAUGCAGUUCCUUGGAUACGCGGGCACCACUGCUUUUGGAUGGAACUUCUUCCAGUUUGGGGCCUCCCCUCUAUGCAGCGGUAGGGUCCUCGCUCUAGUGGGCGUGGUGGACUUAGUUCUUGCUUCCAUCCUCAUCGCCGGCGUCAUCAUGACUGGGAUGUUCUUACCCGACACAUACGGCCCAUGCGACCGCGCCUCUAGCUGGAACAAUGGCACCGAUGGUCGCAACUUCUUUCUGGUCGCUUAUACAACCGGUAGCUUUGGGACCAGCGGCCCGAACGGCGUGUGCCAUGGCAUCAUGCAAAAUUGGGUGAUGGCUAUCGUGGUGAUCGUUUUUUACGUCUUAUGCGGCUUGGUCAAUGUGAUAUUGGGCUGCUUCGGCGAGUCGGGGACGAUAACAUGUUUUGGGUCAAGGCGACAGUAUGAUCUUGAUGAUCUCUUUUCAUGUCUCGGCACGCCGUUACGGUUGCUCUUCAGACCGAUCUACCUGCUCUACAGAUCCACUCGCGGGUCCAUUUACAUCUCCUACCGGUACAUAUCGAAGUAUAUGUGCCGGAAGAAGGAUACGGACCGCCUCCAGAAACCCAAGGAGGCCACCAUCGACAUGGAGUCCACCCUGGAACCUAACAGCCCCCGCUUACCCAUGGAACUGGUGACAAUGAUGACGAAAGACCUUCACCACGCCGACCUCGUGAACAUCGGCCACUCGUCAAAGUACCUCGAGGCAGCCUUCUUCGGCGAGCACAGCCCAGACCAGGUCGCCAGGGAGCUGCGCCGGUUUGCGUGCAAGGGAGGCGGCCCCUUGACCAACUGCCCCGUGUGCAGCAUCCAGACAUGUUCGGGCUGCCGUCGCAAAGCGCCCGCUUCCCGCCACAACGUCGCCUUCAAGCACCUCACCAGCUGCCAAGCAGCAUGCACCCGGUGCUUCUUCACAAACCACUGCUUUAGACGCCCGCGCCCCACCAAGCCCGGCAAGAUCUGGACCGGCACCAGUUGGGUGAACAAAACGUUCCACGAGACGACGAGGAGGAACGCUGAGGGACUGAGCCUCACCUUGGGUGCGGGGUUCUCACCCCGGGGGGGUAAUAACAGGGUGGGCCACGGCGUCGGUCCGAUGUUGGAGGAGGUGUGCCACAACUGUGCCAGCCUGCCGGAGACGGCGCGGGAGGAGCUGCGUGACGAGGGGAACGUGCGCGAGAUGCGGCGGCAGGCGACGUUGCCGAUGGCGUGUUUCGAGUGCAGGAGGGACUUGCCCAGGGAUGGGGUGAGGUGGUGGGUGAAUCCGGAGACCGGGGGGGAGUGUAGGUGGCAUGGUCAUCCGGGGUGGGUGGAUGCUCGGAGCCGGAAGCUUGCCGCGGAGUUCGGGGGUUGA